AUGCGCCCUCGCAUCCCCUCCAUUCCAUAUCCUUCGCCGCCUGCCUCGCAACAGCACUCGCAGAACGGCUCGCCCGCGCCAGAUGGCGAUAUGGCUGCAGACAAGGAUGGUCCACCGCCGGCGAAGCGCAGAAGAAUAUCGGGAAAGACCGAACGCACCACCGAACACCUCGAUCUGCGCAGCGACACCGUCCACCCCGACCAGCAGCGCCAGCUCGAUCGUCUGGUCAACGUCCUCCACCGCCGACAGAAGAUUGUCGUGAUUGCUGGCGCCGGCAUCUCCGUGUCAGCGGGCAUCCCCGAUUUCCGCUCGUCGCAGGGCUUGUUCCGCACCCUCAAGGAAGAGUACAACCUCAAGGGCUCUGGCAAAGACUUGUUCGACGCGUCCGUCUACAAAGACGACGCGUCCACAUCCUCCUUUCACGAUAUGGUCAACACCAUGUCACGUCUGACCAAGGAUGCCAAGCCUACUGCAUUCCACCAUAUGCUCGCCACCAUUGCACAGGAAGACCGACUGCUUCGGCUGUACUCGCAAAAUGUCGACGGUAUCGACACGGGACUGGAGCCUCUAAAGACGGCUAUACCGCUGGCAAAGGGCACUGACGGCAAGUGGCCGCGCACCGUACAAGUUCACGGUGGACUCGACAAAAUGGUAUGCUCCAAGUGUCAUGACCUGGCGGACUUGGAACCAACCUUGUUCGACGGUCCCGUACCGCCAACGUGCACACGCUGUGUCGAGGUCAAUGACAUUCGCGUGGGAGUGGAAGGAAAACGGAGCCACGGUAUCGGCAGAAUGCGACCACGAAUGGUCUUGUACAACGAACACAACCCGGACGAUGAGGCGAUAGGCGCCGUGACGAAGGACGAUUUGCGCAAAAGGCCCGACGCGGUCAUCGUUGUGGGCACGACUUUGAAGGUUCCGGGGGUGAGAAGGAUCGUGCGCGAGAUGUGCGCUACCGUACGAGAUAGGAAAGGAGGUGUCGCGAUAUGGAUCAACAGCGACCCGCCACCCAUUACGAAGGAUCUAGAGGACUGCUGGGACAUUAUUGUACAAGGACCAUGCGACAAUGUCGCCAAACAUGCUGCCAUGCGCCGAUGGGAUGAGCCUGCCACUUCGGAAGUCUAUUCGGAGGUGAGCGAGGGAGAGGCAAAGAAG